UUCACCAAAGGGGAAGUGGCCUGUCAAACUACGUGACGUCACAUGUAAACACUGCCGCUGGCCUGCACACCCACAGCUAUGCGGCAAUUAUGUUGCAAAUGAAAAACCGUAUUAAAUAUUGCUCACUGUCGAUCGCCGCGGCACGGUUGUUUUCCUCCGGAGCCGUCAAGAACCCGGUGGUGUAUUUCGACAUCGAGGCUGAUAAUGAACCUCUCGGCAGAAUAAUCAUUGAGUUGAAUGCAGAAGUUGUGCCGAAAACUGCAGAAAACUUCAGAGCCCUGUGCACUGGAGAGCAUGGCUUUGGAUAUAAGGGCUCGGUGUUUCACAGAAUUAUUCCUGAGUUCAUGUGUCAGGGGGGAGAUUUCACCAAUCACAACGGCACAGGAGGGAAAUCAAUAUAUGGAACUAAGUUUAAGGACGAGAACUUCAAGCUGAAACACACGGGUCCAGGCAUCAUGUCAAUGGCGAAUUCAGGGCCCAACACCAACGGCUCCCAGUUCUUCAUCUGCACUACAAAAACCGAAUGGCUUGAUGGUAAACACGUGGUGUUUGGUCAGGUGAAGGAAGGUAUGGAGGUGGUCUCCAAGAUGGAAUCCUUUGGUCUGCAUGACGGCGGUGUGAUCAAGAAAAUAGUCAUCCUCGACUGUGGGGAGAUCAAGUAACCUACACGUACACACGGACUGUCUCUCAGAUGAUGCAAGCCAUUCAGCAUUUCCCUCAUCGACUUUCCUGUAUUCCUCAGAAUUUCAAGGAGGACUCGUCACAGACAAAUCUCUUCUACUCUAAAAUCUUAUAUUGUUUCUACUGUUUGCUCUGAUGAUAACAAAUCCCACGAUUUAUAUUUUCAUUCUCAAACUUAAAUAUGAUUUUUCAUGUGUCAUGCCUUUGUUCGGGAAGGUGCUAAUAAUGAUAACAAAUAAAAGGGAGAAGGAGAAAGGUGGGGAAGUACACCGUGACAUUUUUAUCCCAGCUGUCACAGAUCUCUGAAUAGUUUCACUUAGUUAUAACUUGGACCAUCUUUUUUCACACAAAUAUUGAAUACCAUGUCAUUCACCAUGUAAAAUGUUUAUGUUGUACAUUUUCAGUCUAUUUACUGCCAAAUAAAUGACCUUUUUCAGAUUUUACAAGGUUUGGUCCCAGU